AUGAUUGAUACCGUAAAUAAAGUGAGUCAUUCUUGUGACGUUGCAUGUCGAGUAUGGUGCGUGCAGUGGAAUCAUGCUGGCACAACGCUUGCAAGUUGUGGUGAGGAUAAAACGAUCAAAUUUUGGAAACGUAUUGAUGAUGAGCCGUAUUUGGUGUAUUCUGGAAAAAUAAGCGGGUCUCAUAGCAGAUCUAUUCGACACAUCGCAUUUUCACCAAAUGAUAAAUUCUUAGCUUCAGCUGGUUUUGACGCCGCUAUCAUUGUGCAUCAGUUGUGCAACAAUGAUUAUGAAGAAGUAAAUCGUUUAGAAGGACAUGAGAAUGAAGUGAAAUGUUGUGCGUUUUCACCAUCCGGUGAAUAUUUGGCAACUUGCAGUCGCGAUAAAUCGGUUUGGUUCUGGCAGAUAGACGAAAGCGAAGAUUUUGAGGUUGCAUCGAUUUUACAAUCUCACACACAAGACGUCAAAUUUGUGGUAUGGCAUCCAGUUGAUGAGUUGUUGGUAUCAUGCAGCUAUGACUGCUCCAUUCGAUUUUAUCGUUUUGAUGGUGAGGAUUGGAUAACGCAAGAAAAGAUCGAUAAUGCUCAUCAAUCGACCGUUUGGUCAGCUGAUUUCUCAGAUGAUGGUAAUUCUCUUGUAACAGUAGGAGCUGAUUUCUAUAUCAAUAUUUGGAUGAGGCUGGAAACGAAUUUAGCGGCCUCUAGAAGUAAAUGGAAUAAAGUAACGAGUGUGUGCGUGGAAACGAAAUGGCCGCUAUACACAGUUUCGUGGAAUAAAUUACAUGGUAUUAUUGCUGUUGGUGGAGCAGAUAGCAAAAUAAGGUUGUACCGCUUAAAUAAGUCAACAGAUAGCCCAGUUCUCGAAGAAUGUUUUGCAAGCUACAAACUUUCUUCAGAAAUCAACUCUCUAAAUUGGAAUCCGCUUGAAAGUAGGCUACUUACUGGUGCGACGGAUGAUGGUGAAAUUUAUGUGCUUCGAAUAAAAACGUUAAAAAUCCGAACGGAUAAGAGGGUUGGUCAUAUGAAUGAAGUCAAAGGAUGGGAACAACCAUUACCUAUCAACAUCAUCUUGUUCUCCGAAAAUGUUGGACUAAUCGAGCAGUUGAAAAGCAUUAUACCUAAAAUUGGAACAUUUGGUGAAAAAAAUCUGAGAGUUGGACUUGAUAUUAUUGAACAACGAGUUGAAAUACAUGAUUAUGGAAGUCCAUGGGUUGAGCUUCGUGUUGAUGUAAUGUCCUCUUGCUGGGAGCGAACAUUUUUGAAAAUGGUAUCGACGUUUCAAGCUCUAACUAAUGAAUUUUCUGGAAAGCAUACACCCGUACUUCAGGCGACAGAGCAUGGUUUUUUCACGGAUGAUUGCUUGUCAACUGAGCUCCAAAUAGAAGUACACUCCAUCCAUCAUGGUAAUUUGCUCGAUUCCGGAACAUUUUGCUCACACUUCACUAGAGAAAUACCGGAGCGGACUAAUGAAGCAAAAUUGGCAGAAUACAUCAAAGUGUUAGCAAACUUAUCAUCUAAUGAAGUGCAUAAUCCGAUGUACGUUGAUUUUGAACAUGACCGAAAUAUACUCACUGUACGAUUCGCUGUUUUAGGUGGCUACAGAACCCGAGAAAUGGGCAAAUCAAAUAAUGAAAAGCUUGUGGAGGGAUUCAUGUUUACUCUGAAGGUACACUAUACUUCUUUACGUCGCAUUUUAGUCGACACAAAAGUUUUAGUCGACACAAAUCAAGGAACUUGCGUAACACGAAUAUAUUUCCAUCUAAACUACCCUCCUGAAAUACGUAGAUUCCGUCAGAAAAUGAAUGUUCAGCGAGGAUCAAAAGUGGAAAUGACAAGUGACCGAUUUAGGUAUUAUCCAGAAACAGAUUGCUCGAAAGAUAAUAGCUUUGCAAUUGCAGCUAUUAACGAUAGUCCAAUCUUUUGUUUGCAGUUUACGGAAAUGAUGGAUGUAUGGGAUGAUUUGUUGUACAGGUUGCUGAGUAGAUUGCAUGCUCGUGCCAAUCUUCCGAUUGAAUUUGCUAACGUGCAACUUUCAUAUUUUCCUGUGGACAAUUAUGUACCAUUACCAAUUCGAAUAAUUGGUUGUGACUAUCGAAAACAUGCUGGUGUAGAAAAUGAUCAAUCAUAUUAUCCUGUGGAACCAAAAGUUGAUAAGGCUUGGUCCGAAAAACUAAGCUCAUAUUCUUUUGGAUUGCAAUAUUUGAUUGCAGCAUUAUUGUCACGUGGUGCUGUUGUAAAAGACCAAUUGCUGAUAACACUAGAAGCGUUAGAGCGUUUAAUCAAUAUGGUCGAUGAAAUGAAAAGCAUACCACCACUGAUAAGUGUGUUUGAUCGUAUACGUGAUAGCGUUUUUAUAAGGAGUGAUUUGCUUGCUGUGAUUCACGGAAAAAGUGCCGAAGAAGGAUUUCAACGUGUUAGAAAGGCUGUAAUAACGCCAACUCGAAUGUUCCUUGUGGUUCCGGAAUUAUUAAUGGGGAAUCGCGUAUUACGUGAAUUUGAUGAAAAUAGUGAUGGUGCGUUAAGGAUUCAGUUUCGUGACGAUGAUGGUACACAUUUGAGGCGUAACACUGCUGGAUCAUACAUCAUUGAAACUACAGUUCAUAAUUGCUUACUGCGUGGAAUUUAUAUAUCAAAUAAUCAUUUUGUUUAUUUGGCUUCCUCAAAUUCCCAAAUGCGUGACAAUGGAUGCUAUUUUUUUAAUGAUGGUAAUGAUGGUCAAGCGAAAAAGAUUCGUGAAAAGCUUGGCAAAUUUGAUUGUACUAAUAUUCCAAAAUUAAUGUCUCGAAUGGGGCAGUGUUUCACGCAAUCAAAGGAAAGUGACGUUGUUUUGAAACGCAAAAAAUACAAUAAAACAUACGAUGUGAUAGGCGGGAAAGAUUUUUGUGGUGAGCCGUUUAUUUUCUCAGACGGUGUCGGAAAAUUAUCCGAAGAUUUUGCUGAAAAAAUCGCCAGAGAUUUAGAUUUGGGCAAAUGUGUCCCCAGCUGUUUCCAAUUCAGGCAUCGAGGCUUAAAAGGUGUGCUUUCCGUUGAUCCGGCAUUGCGACAACGUCGAUUAUGGGCUAAAAAAAACGGCUUAGAGGAUAAACAUGGAAAAACUGAGAAAGUGAACGAUUUAGAUAUGCUGUUUAGACCGUCUCAGGACAAAUUCCAUGCACCAAGGAAAAAAAUAAUAGAGAUUGUGAAAUAUUCCAGUCCAACACCAGUCUGUUUGAAUAGACCACUGAUCAAUAUUCUUGACCAAGUAAGUGAUAUGCAAGGAUUUGAUGUACAUAGUCGCAUGGUCCAUCGCAUACAUGGUUUGCUUGAUCGCCAGCUGUUGCAACUUUCUGAAGCGUUGAUGAAUGAAAACAGAUGCCGUGAAAGACUAGCGGAGUUUCCGAGACGGAUUAAUGUACAAUAUUUAUCACUAGUAAGAGGAUUCACCCUUACACAGGAACCAUUUUUUCGUGGCCUACUGAUUGCAAGUGUUCGAUUCACACUGCAAAAGCAGUUAUCUAAGGAACAAAUUCAAAUACCAACAAAUCUCGGUCGAACUAUGUUUGGUGUUCUGGAUGAAACCGGAUUACUUCAGUAUGGACAAGUAUUUGUGCAAUUUACCAAUAACGUUUACUUGAAGACACCGCCGAGGGCUGCAGCAAAAACAAUAGUUAAAGGUCCUGUGUUAAUGACAAAAAAUCCAUCAAUAGUCGCUGGCGAUGUAAGAGUCUUCGAGGCUGUUGAUUUACCCGAAUUACGGCAUUUAGUUGAUGUAGUUGUUUUCCCGCAACAUGGACCUCGACCACAUACAGAUGAAAUGGCCGGAUCUGAUUUGGAUGGAGAUGAAUAUAGCGUCAUAUGGGAUGAUCAGUUGUUAUUUGAUCAUAAUGAAGAACCAAUGGAUUUUAGUAAGCUUGUUCGAGCCCCUGAUGUUCUCAAGGAGGAUGAAAUUGUACGCGAAAUGCGUCGUUUUUUUGUUGAAUAUAUCAUGCAAGAUUCAAUAGGUGUUAUAGCGAAUUCCUUUCUUGCAAAUUCUGAUAUUUUCGGAAUCACCAGCGAUGUCUGUAAAAGUAUAGCAGAAAAACAUUCGCAGUCUGUGGAUUUUCCAAAAACAGGAAGGCCCCCAAAACCGCUUGUUAAAGAUUGGAGCAAUGGACCGGAUGGAAAAAUUAUGCCACCUGAACGUCCAGAACGAUGGCCUGAUUUCAUGUGUAAAACUCAUGAACCUUCGUACGUUUCGACUCGUCUUGUGGGACAGUUAUUUAGACGAAUCCGACUAAUCGAUGAUGUCAUCACAAUAACCAGUGUUUGCGAAGGGCAUUCACAAGUAACAGUGGAUCCUCUUUUGAAAUACAAUGGUUGGGAAACUUAUGAAAAAAGUGCGGAAUUAAAUUUGAUAGCAUACUCUGCUCAUAUUAGGGCUCUUAUGGAUAAUUAUGGAAUACAAGAUGAAUAUCAGCUAUAUUCUGGUUGUUUUACCAAAAUUCGUAAUCGAAUCAGUGAUAGAGAUACAGAUGAUAUGUCUCAGUUUAAUACCAAUUUUGUUAUUGAGCAGAAAUUUACGAACAUAUUUAUGAGCUUUCGCUCCAAUUUCUUUAAUGAGUUUGGUGGUUUAACAUCCUGUACCGAACCAGAUGAUGAAAAAGACGUGAUUGAACGAAGAUAUUGUAAAUGUCCAAAUGUGGAGAUGAAAAAGAAAGCAUCCGCUUAUUACGUCGUUUGCUACCGCAGAGCUAUGAAUGAAAUAGGUCAAAGAUUAUUAUCAUUUGCGUGGAUUGUAUGGGAUAUACUUGCUGAGAUAAAAAAAGAAAAUUGUACACUAACAUCGCAAAAUAUAUUAACUAUCGAUCCUAUUUCUGACCAUGUAUCAAAAAUCUUAACUUCUUUCUGUGACGACAAUAAGAAAGACUUUGACCAAACUUUAGAACGUUUAUCGGAAGGAUUGGACAAAUUGUUUUACGUGUUAUGUAAAUGGGGUGAGCAACAACAGUUAUUUGAAGGACGGCUGAAGCGAGAACAUUUGUGUUUAUUGUUAAUACAGUAUGGCUUAGGAUAUAUAAAUGGUGAAAAUAUGCACACUCAUAUUUUCCUUGAACAGACCAAUGAAAUCCUCCCGGAAAAUUCAGAUGAAGCUCAAGACUUGAGCAACCUAAUUGGUGGUAUCGGCAAAUGUUUCCUACGGUUUCUUCAAUAUUUGAGCUCACGGUCAUUCGAGACGAUGAAGAUUUUCAAUUUUAUGCAACCAAAUCUUGGAUAUCAUUCAGUAUUGAUGCGUGGCCAGUGGUUCGAUUUGUAUCAGGCGGCUAUUAAAACUUUCUAUCGAAUAGUGCUUACGAGUCGUUUUGACGAACUGUCAGUAUUUGAAAGAAAGCAAGUAUCAGCAAAUAACGCAUCUCCACGUAAUUUUAUCGAAGCUGAACCUUUUACUAUAGAAAUACCAGAAGAUUUGCGCUGUUAUGAUAACAGUUUGAGAAAUAAACUGAUAAGAUAUUCGGGCGUACGUCACUUAUAUUUGAGAAGAAUUCCGAAUAGAAAAAAUCGAGUUGUGAUAUCAGCAUUUGGUACGCUGGAAUCGUUGCAUCGGUUACGUGAUAUACUUGCUGUGCAACUUACGUCAAGUAUACAAGUUGACACCAAAGCGUGCGAUGAUAUGAUGCUUCGAUUGGUCUACGAGCGAAUCCAAGAAUUGCCUUAA